AUGCGCGAGUGUGGACCACGCGCGCCCCGGAGGAGCAGCACGGCAGAGGGCGGUUCAGUCCCAAGUCCGGGCCCCAAGAGUGCUGCACACGAUCCCGGCGUCAAACCGACAAACGGAACGGUUGGAGCAUGUACGAGCGCGUGUGCGUCGGUUGGCUGCCGGGCUGAUCUGUCAAAAGCAGCCCGGGCUACAGAAGCUACCGCCGCCGAAGUGCCUGCAGACCACGCUGCCGCGGAGGCUUCGCAGCGCCCUCCGCCCCCCCCCCCACCAAAACCCAACACUUACCGUCCAACAGCUUCCCCCCCGUGCGCCGUGGACCCCGCGUUGUCGUGGGAAUUAGGUCAUGAGGCGGAAACGAAGCGGGAGAAAAAGUCAGCCGGGUUCCUCCUGGUUGCUGUACAAAGUGUGUUGACGGCAGGGCUGGCUGGCUGGCUCCCCCUCCCUCUCCGCUCUCCGGAGCUCCAGUCCUCCUCCUGGCCGCUGCUGCGGAGCCCCGUACGGUCUAAACACAGACUCCCCGUCCGCCCUCCUACGAAGCUCCCGAGUUUGAUCCCCGUUUUGUUGUCCUACGGAGGCGUUUGGAUGGGCUGCAACGACCGUGCGUGUGUUUGUGCGUGGAGUGGAGUGGAAAGAACCAAAAAAGAAACAGACCUCGGCUGCAAAACACGCACAGACGCGUCCGGGACGCUCACAGGUGACAGGCGGAGCAUCCUCUGCCUCGACUCGCCUCUGCGGUUCUUAUUUAUUGACUUCAUCAUGACUGAGCUCGAUCCUGCUCCUCCUCCUCCUCCUUCUGCUGCUGCUCCCCCAGUCGGGGAGAUUCUAUAGGUCAUUUCGGAUUUGGUAGAUAAAAUAAUAAUAAUAAAAAAAAAACGUCUGUCCGAGGAAAGGUCAGAAAGGCGGAGG